CACCGGUUUACGCAAGAGCUUCGGCCAUCUUGACCGUGAACGCUUGAUACAACGUAACGGAUAAGACUUUCUGCGUCCAUUAUGUCUUCAAGAGCACAGAGGGAUAAAGGACAGGCACAGAACACAAAUCAGGCUAUUUUAUCAGAGUUACUGAAAGAGGAAGAGAAUAGAUACUGUGCCGAUUGCGCGGCUAAAGGUAAACUAAGUUUGGAAUGUUGUACAACCUUUUAUUUCCGUGACAGAGUAUUUCUGUUUCUUACGCUCCUCAUGCUUCCUGGUGAAUGAUGUAGUUUUAAACUUCUUGUUUAGGGCCUCGAUGGGCUUCGUGGAACCUGGGUGUUUUCCUGUGCAUUCGUUGUGCCGGUAUACAUCGAAAUUUAGGGGUACAUAUAUCAAGAGUGAAAUCUGUGAACCUUGAUUCAUGGACUCCGGAACAGAUGGACGUAAGUUGAACUUUUAACCACUGAUUUCAUAUUUCUGCUGGUCUUGAUGUUAUUCUCGCUUUGAAUUUGAGUAUUUUCGUUUUCAGAGCAUUCAGCAAUGGGGAAAUAAACGAGCAGCAGAAUUUUGGGAAUGUUAUCUGCCGUCCGACUUUCGCCGACCGCAAACUGACUCGUACCAUUCAAAAAUACCGCUCAUGUGUAUCACUGCGAUUGUUUGGCCUUAUCUUUUUUAAAUUUAGCAGUCAAUACUCUUGUUUGCCAGCUAGCAUAUUCUUUUUAUUGCUUAAUUUGCUUUAACUUUCUUUCGGCAAAAUUUAGCUUCGUACUUGUUGCGAAUUCAACAUUGUCUUGAUGUAACUUUGAUCAUGAACUAAUCACGUUGAGGUCGUUAACCGUAGACGCGAUUCAAUGGCGUUUCAUACCAUUUUCAAUGCACCGAUUUUGAAACAUGUUCGUCUUCUAUUGAGAGGCGGGGCUGUUUGGGCGUUUAGGUAUUGUUCCUGUGGUAGUAAUGGAUUGAUGGCAUUAACUGGUUAUAGUUUACGUGAUACCGCGCGUUUCGAAGGCGAUAACUGAGCAUUCCAAUUCGUUUGCGUGCUUUGAAAUUUCAUAUUUUACCGAUCGUUUAAUUUGGUCUAAUAUCGUCUAAUCUUUCGCCACACGUGUCGAAUUUUCUUUGGCACUUCGUCAAUUCUGGGGAAAAGAAUUAGGAAGUCUUAAACGAGUGAUUACCCUCUGCAGUUUCAAAAGCCACUUUACUCAAUGCUCUCACUAGUUCAGCUGUUUUCUUCAAGUUUGUAGCGACAAAAUCGAAUUCAUUUUAACUCGAAUGGCGAAUAGGCAUUUUCUGGUGGUAAAAUAGGUUACCAAGGGUGACAUCUUUGUUGAAAAAUUUUAGUUUGAAACAAACUGAGAAAAACUGGACUCAUUCCUUGUAUGAUAAAGUCUGCUUUCUGUAAGUCGUCUGGAAUGGAAUACACUGAUGUUUGUUUUCGAGAAUUGUUACAUUUUAUAUUCAUCUCUUGUACAAUUACAUUUGAAUAUGUUGCAUUAUGUUUUCAUUGUUUAAACGUAUCUGCUUACCAAAAAAUGCUUAAUCAUUUUGUGAAUAGAAUGAAUGACUACUGUUCAUUUGCUAUUUUUUUUUUGUUGUUUUUCUUUUUUUCUCUCUUGGAAUCUACAGAACAGUAGAGGCAUUUAUCAGAAGUAAAUAUGAACGAAAACAAUAUUUAAAGAAAGACGGAUUACCUCCAACUAAAUCCACCUCAAGUUCUGCCAAAGAAACAAAAUCUGCAGACAAGGUAAUGAUAGAGGUUCAUAAGUUUCUGUGUGAGGGAAGUCAAAAUUUUUUUAUAACACUAAAUUUAGUGGCCCCCCCCCCCUCUAAAGAAAAAAAAGAAAGAAAAAAUAGAUCACAUUAUUUGGUUUAGAAUCAUGUAGAUCCAUGGAUUUGUGAAAAAAACUUUGGAUUGUGGCUUGGCUGCAAAUUUUGGUGUGAAUUACAGUUCCUUCUUAGGAGUUAUUCGAGAGUUAUUCGAGAUUUCAGAAUGUUAGGUUUCAGGUUGGUUCCAGUUGUUAAGUUGUAAACAAGUUUUUUUGUACGCUUACUUCAUGAAAUGUAUUGUUUCUGAAACAGAGGAAAAGGAGGGAAAAGAAGGAAGAAGGCAUAUCUAUAACCCCUCUUAAAAUUGAAGCUGAAAAGAAAGUAAGUUUAAGUAUCAUGAAUUAUUUGAAUUCAGGCUUGGAUUGAGCAUGAACCUGUACCUCUUAUUUGGAAGUUAGAAUCAGUCAGUGGAUGCCACCGAAAUUUUUCUGCUAUGUGUGGCUUGGUUGAUGACAGCACCUCAACACUGUCUUACGGGCACCUUUGAAUCCUGGGUUUUAAAGUUUUGUUUUGAGGUUGAUUUCAAUUUACUGAGUUUAACUAAAUAAUGCAUCUUAACAGGCAAAUUGUCUUUCACCAUAUCAUCAUUCAUUUACUUGCCUUUUUAUUAAAAUGGGCAGAAGAUGGUAUUGAAACUUAGUAGAACCAAUGCAAACUAUACUGUUCCUAAUCACUUUGCUCCACUAAAAAGCAGUGUAAAAAUAAAGGUUUUGUAAUUCAAAGUGCUGUGGAAAGUUAGCCCAAUGUUUUAAGAGGUCUUUUUGCAGAAGAUUAAAGGGUGUGGAAGGAAAGAAGGUUUGUUCAGUUAUUGGAGAUAGGAAAUUUUUAAAAAAUAAAUUUUGUAACUUAUUUGUUACUUUGCUUUCUCUCUUUUUGUAAUGAAAGGUUGCUCCUGCUGUCAGUUCAGUGGCUCAACCACGCCCGCACUCCCACCCUCCCCCAGUAAAAGCACCUGAACCAGCCAAACCUGCUGCUCUGGUUGAUCUACUGUCCUUAGACACCCCAGCACCUGCCCCAGCCCGAGCACCUGCACCAGUCAGUUCUGCUGGUUUGCUAAAUUCUCUUGCCCAGCCUAUGCCUGCUGCUUCACAACCUGCCAAGACUGGUUUGGAGAGUGAGGUAAAUGGUUUGAAUUCAGUGGUCUUUUCACCAGCCAGGUUGUUGGGUUUACUAAACACAAGUGUCUCAUGUGGGCCCUUGAACAUGGGAAUGUUAUGUUUUUCAGACAGUUUGGCUAUCAUUGGAAGAAAUUUAGCUUGCCUUCUCUGUUUUGUUCAUUAUGUUGGUUAAGUUUUUUCAUUUUUUUUUUUAACUCGAGAUUUUACAUAUGGAAGUUGUCGUGCUCUCCACCACUUGAUAUCUUUGUUGCAACAAACUUCACCUUUGUAGGGGAAUGAAAAAUAUUUUGUGUCCACAUCACUGGACUAAUUCAACAGUUAAGCACAAAUUUGGUUCCUACUCUUGCAGCCUAAAAGUGCAUGUAACAGACCACAUUUAGCUCUUUACAUUCAUACUGUACAUGUCUUUUUUUGUUGGACUGAAUCGUCACGCCUUUUAAAUUUCAGUCAAUUUUGUUUUGUCCACUGUGUUUGUUUAUUUUUUGCAUCACUUGUAUUUGUUUUAGCUGAUUGAUUUUGGUGCAUUUCAAGCAAACACCACAAUUGACACUGGCUUUAGCCAAUCACAGCAGGUAAUGAUAUUGCCUCUGCCAUUUCACAUCACACCUUCCUUUUGUUAAAGUGACAAUAUAGAAUAUUCUCUUCUACUUUAGUCUGACAGCCAAUCACAUAACAAAAAUUACCUGUCUCUGUCCAUAAAACAGCCACUCUUAAGGACUACAGGCUGCAUGACCUACUAUGAUUAAUACAUUAAGUUUAUUUUACAAUAUUCACACUACAUCUGAUAAGUUAUUGAUGUAGACAAUAAAUAUUUUUUCUAAGUUUUGGUAAUGUUUCUUUACUAAAUUACUACCAGCAGCUCAACACACAAGUACCUCAAGAAUCAAACCAAGAAUCUCUUCUUAAAGAUGACUCUACAACCAAUAAGUCAACUAAAGGUAAGAUACAAUUUGCAUGUCUCUCUAUCUCAUUUUAGAUUUGAAAUAAACAGUUAUUUUGAAAUGUCAGUAGGCGUAUCUGUAUACCCAAAUAUACUCAUUGAAUUAAGGUUUCUUGCUUAUUAUUACAAAUAAAGAGUGAAAGAUCUUCGAUCCUUUUAACAACAUAUCAAUGUGUUCUCAGUGUGUGAUGUUGGCCUGAAGAUUAAAAUCAGGGGUGACAAUGUUAUUGUUAGUUAGUUAGGUUAUUUAUGAGUCCAGUAUGUCGGCAGGUAAUGUAGUGAUGACUUUGUGGGGACUUCACCGGGUUGCAGUUGCAUUUUAUCAUUUUUGUUGAUUUUUUCACAGACAGUAUAAUGGCACUGUAUGCACCAAAAACACAGGGCAGUCAACCUCAAAUGUAUGGUGUCCCUGGUGGCAUGUACAUCCCUCCACAGCAACACCAGCAACAGCCUCUCCCUAAUCAGCACCCAGCAAUGUUUAACAGGAUGGGUGCAGUUCCACCUCAGGGCAUGGGUGCAGUUCCCCCUAAUGGAAUGCCAGUGGGAAUGGGAGUACCCCGUCAACCAGCAUUCAUGCAACAACAACAACAGCAGCAGCAGCAGGUUUGUAAUGUGUCUCUUGUCAGGUGUUACUGUUUGUUAGUGGGAGCUAGGGGCAUAGUGCUGCCUUCCAAAAUGGCUGUGUUUUUAAUAAUAUUUGAGGGGAAUGGCUGUCCUAGGGCAACCUUUUCAAAAGCUGGAAAGUUCAAUGGUAGUUUCCACUUAGAAAAAAGCAUAAAUACACAUAUCCUUGGUACAGAAUAUCACACAAAACUCCAUUAGGUUAUGGCUCUUACCAAAAGCCCCUAGAUGGUGAAGGAUUUGGAUGGUUAGAAAAUAAAAGAGGAUUAGAGUUGGAAAGUGUAAACAGCAGUUGAUAAAGCAGCUGUGUGUGGUUAUUGUGGUUAAGGUUUGAUUGCCAGAUUUGAUUGUAAGAAGAAUUUUACUCAAGAAAAACAUGUGUUGGAUUAUUUUCAGGAUACUGUAGUGCAAUGUUCAGGUGUGACUGGCUUUUGCACGGUUGUUGAAUUCAAAAUACUAACCAGUACUGUAUGGCCAUUAAAGAAUUUUGCAAACUCAUUUUUGAGUGUUAUGGAUUGUUAAAUAUUUUUCCUCUUGGCAAACAGGUGGCUCAGAUUCAGCAACAAAUGCAACAGAUGCGACUCAAACAACAAAUGCCACCUCAGCAGAUGAAUAUGCCAAAUGGAAACCCAAACAUGUUUGCAUCUGCACAGCCAUCAGUUUCAAAUGGUUGGAUGCCGCAGCAACCAAUGUCUUUUCCCCAGCAGCAGCAUCCUCAGUUUGUCACCACUGGACCUAUUCCUAAUGGCAUGGCAGGCUAUGGAGCUUAUCCAAUGGGAUCAGUCCCUGGCUCAGGCCAAACUCUGAGCCAUCAGUUGUGGAAAUAAAGAAAAAUCAAGAUGUUUUCAAUAUGUAAAUAAUGAUCAUAGUAAUAUGAUUAAUUAAUAUCUUGUAUAUUUGGUUACCGGUACCUGCGCUUGGUAACUGAUUCGUUUAAAAGGGCAACCAGAGAAAUGUGGUUGUUUUAAUGAGAUUCAUUUGCAUGUAAUCUAUCUUUGGUGUAAGAACUAAGCUUUACCUCAAGCCUUAUCUGGUAUGCUUUUUUAAUGGAAUGGGUUGGAGUUAAAGAUUGAGGGAAUAACUUAUGACAGUUAUGGUUUGAUUUUGAUAUUACAUAACUAUAAGAUGAGGUAGUGUAAAACUAGACGAUACAUGCAAAGAUCCUAGGUGGUGGUCUGAUAAUUAUAAUGUGCUAUCUGCUUGAGAAGAAACAUUGGAAUCUUGUGCACAUGUGCUGUAAAUUCUUACGCCAUGCUUUCAGACGACUUUGUUGUUGCCACCCCAAAUAACCCAUAACUUACAAACUUAUGUAGAAAAGAGAAAUGCAAAGAAAAGCAGGGAAUCUUCUUUAACAUAUUUUGCUAGUUAUGUAGCCCUAUCAAGUAUGGAACUGUUGUUUCUUUCAUUUCAUUUAUGAUCAUAUCAUUGUUUCUGUCAGUGCAAUGAUUUCUAUUGAUGUGGGGGACUGAUUACGCUGGGGAAUGCAAUUGCCAUCAUCAUCAUCAUCAUCAUCAUUUUUAAAAGUUUCAUGAGUAAUACUAGUGGUAUUGUUAUUAUAAUUAUCAUUGUUGUGGUUAUUUUCUUCAAAGUUGCCAGUUUUUGGCUGUUGCUAUAGCUCAGCCAUGUCACCAAGAAUCCAAAAACAGUUUUGAAGCAGUAAUUUUAUAUGUACCAUACAGAAGUGGUAACUCUGGCCUCUGUGCUAAAGAAAGCAGUUGCACAGCAAAUCUCAAACCCCUUCUAAAAGUAUGGGUUUGUCAAAAACCCUUUGUGUUCAUAUCUGGAAAAGGAAGGGGAAAUAGUGAGCUAAAAGUUUGUUUCAGAGAGCAGGUGUAUGAAUAGUUUCAGUUGAGGUUCAGUUGUAUAUCAGUAAGAAACAUUGCAAAUAAUGUACUUCCUGGAAUAAAAUUUAAACUUUUAUGCCAUUUUGAUUCUUAGAUGAAUUAAAAAAGGACUAUUCUUGAACUGUGAAUCAUGCAGUGCAAAACAUUUUUGGAACACCCGUCUUGAAAUUUCUUCUUGUCAGUGUGUUGAAUUAAGUUAUUGAUAUUACAACUGAGUGCAUACUAUUGAUAAAUUAAAAAAUUUUCCUUGUCAUUUCUUGCCAAAGGGUCAAAGUGAUGAUAUACAAUUUCAUGCAGUUCUCUGGAGUUGUGUUCUGUUAAUUGUCAGUUAACACUCUGAUUCCUUGUAUCCAUCUCAACACCAUCUCUGUAUUUCAUGAGGUGUUAAAUCUUUUGAAACUGAGGGGUAUUGAUCUCGUUAUAUUUUGAGUUAAUCUUUUCUCUUUAACUGAGUUUGUUUAAAAUUGCGACCAGUUAAUCAUCAAUUGUUUUUCAGUCUAUUAUUUUGUUGUACAUUCAGCCUACAGUCUUUGCAAUUAAUUUAAUUUUAAAUGAUUCUUGUAAAUGCAUAUGGUGCUCUGUCUUUCCCUUGGCCUUCACAAGCAUUACCUAGUUAAUUUUUGUUCAGUUUUCAUAUUUACUGCAUAAGCUACUGAUAAAGAAGAUCCCAGUUUGUACAUUCAAGGUGUACUAUUGACAGUUUUGAAAACUAACUGCCUUUAAAUAAGAGGAAACCUUUGAAAUGAUUAUUGUUUAAUGUGAUGGAUAGGCAUGGUAGAAUUGCUGCCAAUAAACUUAAAUUAUCAAUGGUGAAGGUAAUGUGAGAUUUCGAUAAAGAUGAUAAGCUUUGAAUGUUGAACAAGUGAUAAGAUUGUUUAAUUGAAAGAGGUUGUUGGAACUUUUCAAGUCCAGCUCCAAAACAUAUGUUAUAUUCAUAGUUUUUGUCUCUCAUUUUCAGACUUUCACAAAUCUAUUGGGGGGUAAGCAAUCGCAUAUUUUUUGUUCAACAUCCUGUUUGGCAAAAAUCAUAUGGUGGCUAAACAAUCAGACAUCUUUUUAUGAAGCAAAGUGUUGAAUAGAAAUGUUUGGUUUACAGCUAUACAUUAAAUAUGGGAACAUGAGAGGUUGCUAAAUGCUCAGGUGUGUUGGAUGACAGUGUUCGAUCAUUUGAGUUCAGAUUCAUUCUUGUGCCUUGGGAAAUUAAGG